UUCACCUAUCUAGGGUUUCUUUCUUUCUGGUUUACCUCUCAAAAACAUGAUUUUCAGAUCCUCUGCAAUGCGAUCCGCGGUAUAAUCCGUAAUCCCUCAAAUCCCCAAAACCAAAAGAUGAGCUCUCCCAUGGAGAUUUCAGUUCCAAACCCCGCAGACGUCAAGAUCUCUGAACAAAACGGCGUUGCCCCGUCACCACCUCCGGCAUCGCCUUCUCCUAUUGUUCCCCAUGACAAAUUUCACGUUUCCGUUGAAGUUUGCUUAAAACCUUCAAGCACAGCUCGGCCAGACGAUGUCCGGAAAGCCGUUGAACAAAUGCUUGAAAAGAGGAGUCUCAGCUACGUUGAUGGUCCUGUACCUGUUCCUAUUGAUGAUCCAUUUCUCAUGGAAAAUGUACGAAGAAUCCGUAUUUGUGACACAGAUGAAUGGGUGAAAAACCAUGAUAUUCUUUUGUUCUGGCAAGUCAAACCUGUUGUUCAUGUCUUUCAGCUUAGUGAGGAAGGGCCAUGUGAGGAAUUGAGUGGGGAUGGCCAGUUGUCCAGCUUCAAUGAAUGGAUCCUUCCAGCUAAGGAAUUUGAUGGCAUGUGGGAAAGCUUAAUCUAUGAAUCUGGCCUUAAGCAGCGGUUAUUGCGGUAUGCUGCCAGUGCAUUACUUUUUACUGAAAAAGGUGUUGAUCCUUUCCUAGUGUCAUGGAACCGCAUUAUUCUUUUACAUGGACCACCAGGUACAGGAAAGACAUCUUUAUGUAAAGCGCUGGCACAAAAACUAUCCAUUAGAUUCAGCUCCAGGUACCCACAGUGCCAAUUGGUUGAAGUUAAUGCACAUUCUUUGUUUAGUAAAUGGUUCUCUGAGAGCGGCAAGUUGGUUGCAAAGCUUUUCCAAAAAAUUCAAGACAUGGUAGAGGAAGAAAGCAAUCUGGUAUUUGUUUUAAUUGAUGAAGUUGAAAGCCUCGCUGCUGCUAGGAAGGCUGCUUUGUCUGGUUCCGAGCCUUCAGAUUCCAUUCGGGUUGUAAAUGCGCUAUUAACUCAGAUGGAUAAGCUUAAAUCAUCUCCCAAUGUGAUCGUUUUGACUACGUCCAAUAUAACCGCUGCUAUUGAUAUUGCAUUUGUUGACCGAGCAGAUAUCAAAGCAUACAUUGGCCCUCCAACUCUUCAAGCUCGUUAUGAAAUUUUAAAGUCCUGCUUGAAUGAACUUAUUCGGACAGGAAUCAUAUCAAGUUCCCAGGACUCUAGCCAAUCCAUCCUUCCAGAUUAUGUUACUUUGAAAGAGAAACUGAGUAUGCCUGAGAUUCAGGAGGUUCAAACAACUCUUCACCUAUGGAAACAAUUACUAGAGGCUGCAGAAGCAUGUGAGGGAUUGAGCGGAAGAUCACUAAGAAAACUUCCAUUUUUGGCUCAUGCGGCCCUCAACAACCCAUAUUGUUGUGACCUUAGUAAGUUCUUGCACACAAUGAUAGAAACAGCCAGGAGGGAGUGUUCUGAGCUACCCGACUGAACUAACGAGGUUUUUCUAUGUGUAUGAUGGACGCUUUUGAAGCAUAAUAUGUCAAAAAUGCUUAAAUCUUUAGCAAUAUCUACUCGUGUCUCUGUAUAUAAAGAUGUAGAAUCAACACAAGCUGCUUAGUAAUAUCUGGUGAAAAACAUGGAUUCCUUUCUUGAGCAAAA